AUGCUUACGGCUGUCGAAAGUUUGGUAAGAAGGCUGAGUAUGCACCCCAUGCCAUUCCAUCUCAGUGUAUCUGAGGGCUAAUUCCUGUCUAAUGUUCGCUGCCGUUACUAUUAACAGGUGGACAACAGCGUUUUUUGUUGGACGGAAGCUUGUUUAAUUCGCCACACGCCAAUAAAGAUCCAUGUUGGAGUGAACUGCCUUUCUGCAUCGUAAAUUGUAUCCUUUUUGGUUUUCUAGGCGGUGUCUGAAGAAAUUUUAAAGCACUUGCCCUCAACUGAAUGCCCUCUCCUGGCCCGAGGCAUUGGAAAACUGUGGCCUGCUGUACGAAACUGGAACUUAAGUUAUUUAUCAAAGAAUGUUAGCGGUAAAAUCCAAUUCCGAAUGGGCCGUAAGGGGGGCACUAUAGUUCAGCGUGAGUGCGAUGCUGUCUACGUUUCUGCUACUGUUGACGAGUUCUCGCAGUGGGUCAAUAAUUCGUGUCAACAGUAUAAUCCGUUUGUUGAUUACCCGUACAGCGAGUGGUGGGCCUACGCCAGUUACCUUCACAUGCCUGCGUGCCCUCCAUUAAUGGGUCUUAUUAAAGACGUCCCAUGGAAUUCUUUUCUCCCAUGCUUUCCAAAAAGCAAUGACUCCACCUUCUGGCUCGGCACAUCAGGCUCAUACACCGCCUGCCACUACGACACAUACGGAGUAAAUUUCGUCCUCCAAGUUUUCGGGCAAAAGCGCUGGAUCUUAUUCCCUCCCAGUGACACACCGUUUAUGUAUCCUACUCGAAUACCAUUGGAAGAGUCGACUGUCUUCAGUGAAUUGAACUUCCAGCUAGUGGAUUUUAUAAACUUCCCACUUGUUCUCAACACAUCGCCUAUGGUGGUUGUUCUGAAGCCUGGUGAUGUGCUUUUCGUUCCCCGACACUGGUGGCACUUUGUGGAAUCAGUAGAAGAUGAUGGUCCCGUGACCUGUGCCAUUAAUAUUUGGCUAGAUCAACCAUCCCUAGAUAACGAUGAAAGGUGCAAGGAGUCGUUGACACAGCUGGUCUGUUUAUCUCUCAUGCAUUCGUCCAAGGACAAAGGAGUUUUCCAAUCUUUGCAUUUUCCUGAGCGAGAAUUGGCUCUGUCCCCAGACUGGUUCGAAACACUUAAAAACGCUUUAAGGGUCAAUCUUCGUACGUCUCUACCGAGCGUUUCUAGUCCAGAACCUCCCGCCGAAACACACGAGCUUGAUUCAGUGGACUGGGUGGUCCCUCCAACUUGCGACAUCGUUGAUAUUUUGCCUGAAUUACAGAAGUUGGAUGCCCUACCUGCUACUGAUUCGUUUUCUACUGAGAAACUUGCUCGUGCCUUCACAGACCCUGAAGUUAUAAAUCUCGUAUUUUCGAAGUUUUUUAAAAAGUAAUAAACCUCUUCACAAACCCGUUUUUUAAACUUCCGGUGCAUAUGUACACCUACGACAGUCCAACCAUUCCGUGUAUAAUUUCAGUCUACGGUAGCCAGUCAACCGGGCGCUUCCCUCGGAGCACCGAUCUCGGGAAGAUUAGUACUCAGAUGCAAGUCCCCAUCAGGUCAACUGGACAUCGAGUUAACAUCUGAUUCCACAGUCGGAGACUUGGCAGACAAAGUAUGUUCCCUCACUGACUUGAAGAGAAGUAGCCUGUCGCUAAGAUACGGCUAUCCGCUAAAACGGCUCGAUCUCAGUGCUGAAAACUGUUCAAAGCCUCUCAUUCAGGUAAUGUCCACACGCUCAUUUUAUGCUAGACUGAGUUCCUCAGAGAAUCAUUUACCACUUAGAUAUGUAUUGGGGCGAGCCAAUUUCGGACGUCUAUUAGCCGCCUGGUCACCGGGCAAAGUCAGAAGAACGAUCACGUUCAGUAACUUCAUCUUUAAAAUAAUCAUUUAUAAGGUGGCAGUUUUCUUGCUGGCCACCACCUCAGUUGCCCACUUAACCCUAGAUCCCCCAGAGCUUACAGCUUGCAUCGGUAGUCCGACGUAUGUGAACGAAUUCUGCGUUUAUUCUUGGCAUUUUUAGCAGAAUACUGUGAGAGAAGUUAUUGAGGCCAAGGUGAUCUCGGGCGCUAUAUUUUUUUCAUAAACGACCACAUACGUAGCUGCUAAGCCAACCAUUUCGUCCUCGGGGUUUCCGGCAGCUUUUUAGGUCGGCUUCGUAAACUUGUUCAAAACGAGCCAUUUCAACUGGCAAUAGCUUAGAUUAUUAGUGUGGGAGGACGUGUGCUCGAUUAUCCAGUUGGAUAAGCCCUGAUGAGAUCAGUCACAACCUCAAGCUCCUAAGUCCCUCAUUAUACUAGCAUCGUGCUUCCGAUUGUUCUUAACACAUCGGAUUUUCCUGCGCUUGAAUAACCCGAAAGUUGAAUUUCUCCCACUGAUUUGUCCUCACCCAGUUGAGUAUACUUUUUCGACACAAAAGAUACGUUUAUUUGCUAAUUCAGGGUAGCACGGAAAAUCCAAACACCGAUUAAGUAGGUUUCAUAUCCUACCGUCGUUGAUUGAAAGCGUUGUAAAACGUCACCAUCUGGUCUCUGAUGAUAGUCCUAUUCCCGUAUUACAACUUGCCUACAUUUUCCUUCAUAUUGCCUUUUACCGUUCUCUAUCAUUUCUAAUAGUUGCAACAUUUCUUAUGCAUUUGGCCAGAAUUUGGUGUCCUCCCAAGUCUGGUUGCUGAAUCCAAUUUCUUCUGACUUACUGGCCCACAUAUGUAUUUUCAGGUGCCCAUUCACAAUGGUGAAAGCAUCGUCGCGGACUCGACUGAGCCUCGUCCGGCCAGUAAUACAACUGCUGCGGCGUCCAGUAUACCCGUUACCCAACCGUCUCUCGUUCGGUUAAUUGCUCCCUCCGACAACUGUUGCCUGUUUACAAGUGUUAGCACUUGUGUCGAAAACGGAGACAGUUUAAGGCCAAUUGACGCUCCUGUCGUGACUAAUGCUGAAGGUGUGCAAGAGACAAGAAAUCUGAUUGCCAGCUUUGUCCUGAGUUAUCCGGAAACAUUUAACCAAGGAAUUCUCGGAAUGGCUCCUGAAGCCUACAUUCAAAAUAUAAUGCGGGUAGGGUUUUUAUGCUCUUAGAGUUCUUGGGCUUAUGUUACUUUACAGCUGCUGCAUACAAGCAAGUCGUUUCAACUGCUUUUUUGCUAUAUCUCUAGUCUAAUGUAUGAUUCCUCCCUGCUUUCUAUGUCUGUAGCCAGAUUGCUGGGGCGGUGGGAUCGAGGUUUCCAUUCUUUCUCAAAUCUACGAGCUUGAAAUUAAUGUUGUCGACGUACUCACAGGUCGAAUUGACAGGUUCGGCGAAGACAAAGCCUAUCAGCAGCGCAUUCUUCUCCUUUAUGACGGAAUUCACUACGACCCUUUGGCAAUGAGGCAUCCGAACAAGGGUACCGUUCAGACAAUCUUCCCUACGACUCUGAAUUCUGUGAGUUCCGUUCGUUUGUAAACUCUGGAUCACGUGAUUUCAUACCAGCUCUCGAAAAUUACAGUUACCGAAUUCAACUCGGAAACGCGCACUUCACCCCCGUUAGUUGUGGAGUGAAGAAUGCCCGAGGAGUUUCCUAGCGGAUUUUAGGAGUUUUGCGAAUAAUGUGUCUCAAGUGUUCCUACUCGUAAGGCCAUAUCUUAGCCUCAGUGACGAGAUAGACCACAGCUCUUCUGGUACUCUUGGCAUAAUCGUUAGCCUCAGCGAGUCAUGUUUUCUGGGUCUCACACAUACUGAGGACUCACUGCAUUUCUAUGGUACGGCUGUCGUAAUACGUGAUAUAGCCGGCACUCGGUGGUCGCCGAUAGAAAAGGGGAUAGGUCAAGCUGCCCAUAUCCACUGCCGCAGAUCGGCACGCAUGGGGGUACAAUCAACGUUUUCUUGUUCACCACAGUGACCACUUUCGGACGGUUGCCAUGCCAAUUUUCUAGUUGUUAUCAAAAUAGAAGCUAUUAUUAUGACAUUGGGGAGGUUGUCGUAUACAAUAACUCGCACAACAGUGGUGCUUACCAUGUCUCAGUCGUAGUAGUGAUUUCUACUAGCACACCAUCGGGUUCCAUUAUCUGCCGAAGGGACUAACAGUAAACGGAAUUUAACGUCGCAGUCAAGUCUAUAAAACAAACGGCCGACAUUUGUUCAUUGGUAUGGAUGUUUGAUUGAUGCGUCCGCGUCGAGCUCGGAACUCUGCUUGAUUAUAUCUCUUCGAGUUAUGCACAACUGAGUCAUUUUACAAUGAAAGACCUUUGGAAUAGUGGUCUUGGAGCACUUCGUCCUAUCUCCCGUCUUGAAUACAAAGACAACUGCGCUCCAGUCGUAGGAAACUAUCUUAUCUCUCCAUCAUAUGGAACCGAAGAGCCACGGUGUCCACUUUAGCAGGAAGUGCCGUCCUCUCCGACGAUCUGUUUUAGUGUGUGCGAUUUCUACACGGCAGAGCGGGUUACAAGAAGUUACAUGUUAAACCAAGACAAGAGUUUGCUCGCUCGUGGUGAGAAAUGACGAUGGGCUGGUCGUCAAGGUUCGGACGUUGGUCAAAGUAUUCAACCCGAAAUCCUGCUCUGGCUGAAUUGUUACCAAUGAAGUCGGUACACACACUUCGAUCAGCCAUUUGAUCUAGGAGACUUACCACUUCUCUCGUGGAUAAGUCGACAGUUUUCGAGUAUCGUUGACGCCCAGUAGCAAUUGGUGGGAGUCAAGUCUGCAAAAAUUUGCGGCAGUGCUGGAUGCAUGUGUUGGCGGCAGAAGGCUGAAAAGUAGUCAGCACAUAGAGCCAGACCCAACGUGGUCUGUUAGCGACAACAACCAUCAGAUCACAGCAGAUUUGUAUUUGUCAGUUUUUGCAGGUGCGAAAAUGUGUCUAUCGCGCUUGCCUCACAGGCUUUUGCGUCCACACCCGAGGGUGAUAUAGCAUAGUCGAACCUUGGAACCCAUAGACACAUCUUCAUUAAGAUUGUGACACACCGAAGGCCACGACUUAGCCGGGAUGCGCGGGCAUCAAUAUGGUCCUGAUAUCCUCUGAAGCCAACUUGAUUGAUUAAAGUGAAAUUCGUUCAUUACUUCGCUUUUCUAUCUUGUGCACAAUGUAGGCAACGCAUAUGUACGUCAGUGACCGAUUCAAUCUCCUUAGAAGGGCUUUGGAGCCAUAUAUUUUUCACCAGGUCGAUUUUUUUCGGGCUCCACACCCACCUUAAGCCGCUGUCCUCUGGUAGUCUUUUAAAGCGCGAUGUUCCCCCAUACAGAACACUGAUUCAUGUCGUAUUCCUGACCUAGUCGUUUACACAAGCUCCAAUUGUCUACAUUUUCUUCUUCACCUUUCCUGCUUAUGCAUCACAAACAGCUGCCUAUGCGGAUCGCUUAAGUCCCUAAUUGCUUUAUACCUUGAUUUUUGCACUGUUUUUUUGGGACGAGCGCCUUCAAAUCGUGCAUGUUUGUGGGCUAUAAACUGGGCCCUGCUUUAAGCACAUUUAGCCAGGCCUUGUGUGUGCGUGAGUCCCCACACCAUAAUUACAGAUGUUUUCUUCUCUUAGAAGGUUCUAAAUGCAAGCGGCUAACUCGAAAAUAGAUGGCUUUUCGGUCAAAUGCAUUUCGAGUGUACAAUGUCCGCUUCAGCGAAAUACGCUGUUUAUGCGAUUUUGCGAACCCCUACCAACUUUGGACGUAAAAGACAUAGUUCGCCAGUAGUGAGUGUUAUCACUUCACUUCCCGUCCUUUUCGCUGUUACUUUUUUGCAGAUUCUCGACGAUGCAAGAGCCCUGGCAGACUCCGUCCGCAAAGCCGGUCUUUUCACCGACUUAACUAACUGUAAUCUCAUGUGCACGAUAUGUCGAACACCACUCAGGGGACAACAGGGGGCCCAACAACACGCAACCUCAACCGGCCAUAUGCAAUUCCAGGAACGAAUUUGA